AUGAUAAACGACUCUGGUUUUGUGGACUUCCCAAGCCGUGGGAACACACUAUCAUGGAGGGGACGAAGACGGGGGAAAAUAGUGCGGUUCCGACUCGAUAGAGCGUUAGCAACGGAAGAAUGGCAUGACUUGUUUCCGGUCUCACAUGUUGAGUAUCUACCAAUGAUUGGCUCUGACCAUAGGCCAAUAUUGGCUACUCUGGAUUCCAAGAUAACCAAGAGUCUAGUACCAGGUUUGGUAGAUAGGAUUUAUAACUGCCGACAUGAAAUUUUGGUUUGGAGGAAGAACAAUCAACCAUAUGAAAGGCAAAAGAUAGCCGAAUUACAGCAGGCACUGGAGGAGAUACAGGAGGAUGAUAAUAGUACUCAAGAGGAACUCAUCGACAUAACCAAUAAGUUGAAGGAAGCAUACAAGGACGAGGAGGAAUACUGGAAACAAAAAGUGGAUUUCACAGGUGUGCUCGAACACAUGUCCCACCAGGUUACAGCACAAGAAAAUGCAGUUUUGACUCGCUGUGCGACUAAAUCAGAGGUGCGCGAAGCAUUGUUUAUGAUGCACCCAGAGAAAGCACCGGGACCAGAUAGCAUGACAGCAUUAUUCUUUCAACGCUCAUGGCAUAUUAUUAAAAAUGAUAUCCUUGAGUUGGUCAAUAGUUUUCUCACAAUGGGUACUUUUGACGAAAGAUUGAAUAUGACUCACAUCUGCCUUAUUCCAAAGACGGGAAGACCGAGCAGAAUGACGGAGUUACGACCCAUCAGUCUUUGUAAUGUGGGAUACAAGAUUAUUUCUAAAGUUCUUUGUCAGAGGCUUAAAGUGAUCUUACCUAGGUUAAUUACGGAAACUCAGUCUACUUUUGUACCGGACAGGCUAAUCUCGGACAACAUUCUCAUAGCUCAGGAGAUGUUUCAUGAUCUCCGGACAAAUAAAUCGUGCAAAGUAAAAUAUAUGGCGGUCAAGACGGAUAUGAAUAACGCCUAUGAUCGGGUAGAAUGGAUGUUUAUGAGGCUUUGA